ACUUUCCUUCUCAGGGGGUCAAACACAACAUCUAGGACAGUUUCAGACAAGCAUUCAAUGCACCAUGUCAUCUCGAUCUAUAACAAUAUUGUCCUCUGGUCGGACACAAGGGAUCAACUGCCAUGGGUUGAGGAUACAAGGGAAUCAGCCAAAACUCCUUCAGGAGGAGGACAGGGAGUCCGGGAUCGGGUCCACUCUUGACAUCAGCAGCAGAUUUGAGAUCUGCAACCAACAUACCAAACACCAAGCCAACAGUUUUUCACUCAGGGAGGCAGAUACACUCAAUAACGAGAAAGAACGCUCUUCACAGACCACAGCAGUGACUUCCAACAACAUCCAGCAGCUCCUCAUCAAUCUAUCCAAGAUCCCUCUCCUCCUCAUCCUCUUCUUCCUCUUUGUUUGUUCCUUGGACACUCUGAGUUCUGCCUUCCAGUUAGCAGGGGGAAAGGUCGCAGGGGACAUUUUCCAGGACAAUGCGGUGCUGUCCAAUCCUGUGGCAGGGCUGGUGGUGGGGAUCUUGGUAACCGUGCUCGUCCAGAGUUCAUCCACCUCCACCUCCAUUGUCGUCAGUCUGGUGGCCUCCGGAUUGCUUGAGGUGAGGUCUGCUGUUCCAAUCAUCAUGGGGUCCAACAUUGGGACCUCAGUCACGAACACCCUAGUUGCCAUGAUGCAAGCAGCAGAGAGGAAUGAAUUUAAACGUGCCUUUGCUGGGGCAACAAUCCACGACUGCUUCAACUGGCUGUCGGUGCUGGUUCUGCUGCCGCUGGAGGUGGCCAGCGGCGUCAUCACCCGUCUGUCACUCCUGCUGGUCUCCAGCUUCAAGCUUCAUCCUGGAGAGGAAGCACCUGAGCUGCUCAAGGUUAUCACUGAGCCAGUCACCAAGCUCAUCAUACAGCUAGACAAGUGUGUGAUCAUGGAGAUUGCCUUGGGAAAUGAAGACAUGAAGAACAGGAGCCUGGUGAAAGAAUGGUGCCAGACUGACCUUGUUAUGACCACUGGUAAUGUGAGCACUGCAAACUGUGGCUUCAGACAUGACUUAUCCCAAUCAACACUGAAAUGUAGACAUCUGUUCGUGUCCACAGGGCUGUCAGACCUCACAGUGGGUCUGAUCCUCCUGGCAGGCUCUCUGGCCGUCCUCUGUACCUGUCUGCUGCUCCUGGUCAAACUUCUCAACUCUCUUCUUAAAGGCCAGGUCGCAAAGGUCAUCCAUAAACUCAUCAACACAGACCUGCCAUAUCCAUUUGGGUGGCUGUCCGGAUACAUGGCCAUGUUUGUGGGCGCAGGGGUUACGUUUGUGGUCCAGAGUAGCUCUGUCUUUACUUCAGCCAUGACUCCUCUGAUAGGUAUUGGUGUGAUCAGCCUGGAGCGGGCCUAUCCUCUCACCCUCGGGUCCAACAUCGGUACCACUGCCACAGCUCUGCUGGCAGCUCUGGCCAGUCCUGGGAACAAGCUAGCAGCUGCCAUACAGAUCGCUCUGUGUCACCUCUUCUUUAACAUCUUUGGCAUACUGCUGUGGUAUCCUCUUCCCUUCACUCGCCUGCCCAUAAGGAUGGCGCGUGUCCUGGGGGAGCGCACUGCCAAGUACCGCUGGUUUGCAGUCCUGUACCUCCUCCUGUGCUUCGUGCUCCUGCCCUCGCUGGUGCUGGGCCUCUCGCUGGCAGGAUGGCGGGUGAUGGCCGGCGUUGGGGCUCCGUUCCUGUGUUUGACCAUCUUCAUCACCAUGGUAAAUGUGAUGCAGGCCGGUAGUCCUCGUCACCUGCCCACCAAGUUGCAGAGCUGGGACUUCCUGCCCCAGUGGAUGCGCUCUCUCAAACCGCUUGAUCGCCUCAUCGCCAAGGCAACUGCCUGCCACGGCUCUGCCUGCGAGGAGGGACAGGGAGAAGAAGAAGAGGAGCACACAUCAACACUGAAGACCUCUGUCAACAUACAGAAAGAGUCUGCCCAGAGGAAGGCAGAAGAGGCUUAUGACAAUCCGGUCUUGGACUACCUGGAUGAGAGCAGACCAGGUGUAAAGGUGUUCAAACUAAAAGGGUUGGAGCGUUGUAAUAGCACUCCACUGUAGUCAAACCAACACUAUUUUCUUUGUUUCUGUAUUUUGACAGAUGAGUUGGAUUGAGGAAACAUGUUUUAUAAUGCCUCGGAAUAAAAUCCAGGUAUUGUUAAUAAUGAAUCUAUCAUUACAAUAGCCAGGUUAAAUUUCAUGAGCUAGUAGUGUGAGAUGUUCUUCUAUGUUUGAUUUUCUUCCAGCUGAUUGAGCACCAUCUAAAAUGAACUUUGAAGCUUAAUUAAGGAUGAACUACCCUAACAGAGCAUACGAUGUAGUGUGAUUCUGUAAUAUAGUCUUUGAUCACUAGUGGUGCUAUGGACAUUGCUUUUUAGGAGUAGGUCCCUAUUUGUUGUGCAGAUGCAUAUUGCCAAAAUAUGAGGAAUUACAUUACAUUUCAUUUGCCGCUGAUGCUUUUAUCCAAAGCGACUUCCAAUAAGUGCAAAAAACAUAGAGAAUCAAACUCCAAACAACAAGGAAAGUGCAGAUAUAUUCACUUCAAGCAAGUACACCAUUGUAAAUAGUCGUGAAUUUGUUACAAGGCCUAAGCUAACUCUAUAAAGUGCUUUAUUUUUUUUUAAAUCGCAAGAAGCAAUGAAUCAACAAAUGAAGGGGAGAAAAAGAUGAACAUCCUUAAAAAAAAUGGCAAUUGCACAGAAUUGUUAUUAAUACCAUACAGUCUAUGAGUAACACCGAAUUAAGGAUAAGGAUCCAAAGGGCAGCUGUAACAAACCAACAGUUCAGACCACAUUUCCAUGUGGUCACUGACCAUUCUUAGUGAGUGUCCAGUCAUGACUACAAUGCACGUCAAAGUUAGUAUAAACCUAAUCAUCAUUAACUGUUAAACUUUCCUCAUCAUGUGCAGAGCAGGUGUCAUUUUCAUCCAUUCCUGGUGAUCUCUUUGUAUUAACGACAUAUCGACACGGAGAGAUAAGUACACUGGAACUGUUGUUAGGCCAUAAAACAAUCCUAUUACAGAGUGGACAAAUGUGUGCUUGUUAUGUUAAAAUGCCAUGUCUCUUCUUAUAUAAGUGUAGGUGGGCAACAUAAUACACACAGACACAAAUUAAUAAUCAUCAUGUUAGCACCUGGACAUUGUCUUCAAGUGUGUGUGUGUGUGUGUGUGUGUGUGUGUGUGUGUGUGUGUGUGUGUGUGUGUGAGAGAGUGUUAGAGAAGUGUAGUGUUUGGUGCGUAUGCGUGUGUAAGUGGGAGAAAAUGCACACUCAGAAGGUGUUGUUGAAUGUGUGAAUAUGUGCUGUUUACUCUGCUGCACUGUAACAAUGUAUCAUGCUUUUGAAACGUUGACUCCUUGAAGUCUGAUGAUUUCAUCUGAGAACAAAGUCUGACUCUUUUAAGGUGACAGACUUUGAAGAGUGCUUCACAAGCAUGACGAAAGUACAUCAAAUAAAUAACUGCUCUGUCUGUGUGUAAAAUUGCA